AUGGUGCAUGGUCCGAACGACCCCUGUGCAAAUGUGACAGAGAGAAUCAUGUCACGAGCAGGAUUCGAACCUGCAUCUGAAGCUGAUGAGGCUUACGAAUUGACCAAUUACUCUACCCCCAUAUAUUAUCCUAUAAGAAGAAUGUUUUACCCAAUCUCCACUUCAAUUGCCGGAAGAGCCCCUUACUCCCCCCGUAGAGAAAGACUGGUUCGAAAGGACCAGGAAAGAUCAGCUGUUCGCUCUUCUUCAAGGAGUGAGGGAGCAAUGACAUCGUACCGUACCCCUACCUAUGCAAGAUUGAAAGCAGAACUGAAACAGCGGCAAGAAAGAAAUUCGGGCAGAGAAGCAUGGCAAAGAAGUAGCUUAAAGCAAGAAAUCCACUUCCCUAGCCUGGUGGGAGAUCUGGUACCAAGUAGUCAGAAGAAAGACAGAUGCCGGGUGUUUUUCCCAAGGUACGAAACAGAGGAGACUCCCCGGCCUAUAAGACACGGAACACCUAGCCAAUCUCGGACAUGCGACAAGAGAGGGCUCCCUAAUUAUGCUUCCGGAUUGACUUCUUUAGGAAAAGCUAGAACGGAGAGGGAACAAACGGUUAAAUAUGGUUUGCUGGUACAGAAUCCGUUGCUAUUGGACUUGGCAACUUUGAACCUUUUCCUUUCUAACUUUCUAAAAGGAAGGCCCUCGUAUUACGCCACAGUAGCUUCGGUCAACAGGAUCCCUCUUUCUCGCUCAAAAAGAGCUCGGAACCUAGCCCGAGAGAGAAAAGCGUGCAUUACGAGUACUGCCCAGAUCUUCUCAAUACAAGAUCGAAAAGGAGGGGAAAGAGAAAUGGUUGCUAAAAGUGGUUAUGAGAAAGAGGAACCCGCGUCGAAAGGGUGUAGUUCUUGCGUCUACCUCCGUUCAUUCAUUCCUGGCCAACGGGCGGGGAAAGCAUUGAUUUGGUUCCAUCAGCUAACGCCACUUCGAGCGGAAGAGAAUAGUUUAACGGCAUGGUUGGGAGUGUUGAUGAGGGCUUUGGCCCGGCUGGAAGACGUCGAGGGGUCCCCCGCAGAUUCACUAAUAUCUGAACUGGGAAGAAAGCUUGCUUACCGUGAUUUUGAGUAUCAAGUCUGUGCUCUGACACUUUUUUCUUUAUCGGCAAAAAGAGUCUCAACUCGGUCUUCUGCUCUAAAGGGAGAGGCAAAAACAGAGUCUUAUCUCUUCGCCUCAGGGAAAGUAUAA